AUCACUACUUAUACACUAUACGCCUAUGACCCUCUUGUUACUAAUAAUAAUGAUUUCUUCGUCUCUAACAAUUCCAACCUCUAAGAAAGUCUUAGAAUCCAAUAUCGAUCCACAAACAAAAUAUCGUUAACCGAUCAACGUCUACAACAUGUCCAAAUGUCUAGUGUUGAAAAAACUAAGACAACAAUUGAGAAGGUAUUGGGUCAUGGCAGAAACCGGUAGCCCUCAAUCUGGGAUGGCUAGCAAUCCAUUAUCUAGGGCUUCUGGUGUAAUUUGUCUAAUAGUUUUACUCUCUGUUGUAUUUUGAAGAAACAAAGGUACUACUAUUUGAUUUACUGGAGUUGUCACUACUAGAAAACUUCAUAUUUUCCUACAAAAGUUUCCAACAAAUUUCUCACAACUCAAUUUUUAUUACAUUUUUCUAGUAGUACGUGAAGCAUUGCUCCUAUAUCUAGAUGUUUUUCAGUUUUCUGCUUUAAGUUGGGCACUAAAUGGAAUACGGAUUAUUUCUUGUUUUUAAAAGUAGAGAAUUACUGGAUCCAAAAGCUGCAAGAGUGGAAAUUAAUAGCAAUUAUCUUGUAACUAUAGUCUAUUGCAUAAUCAUAGGAAACUUUGUUGUACAGAAUAUUUAGUUUCCCUUCCUAUCGCCAAUCUUUGUAAUUAUAUAUUGGCCGAUCUCGUCUCAUCAUGGCCGAAACAACGAAGAAAACCACCUCGGCUCGGGCUGCCGGUACAUCCGCCACCGCACUGGCAGCCACCACUGCCUCUCACCCUACGGCAUCUGCUGCCGAGUCUGCCUCCUAUCGGGGCAGAGGCCGUGGUAGAUCCCGGGGGCGGGGUCGUGGUGUCUCUAACCGUGGCGGCCGCUCCUACAACAGCCAAUCGCCACAUCCUUAUAUCGUCUUUCCCAACUCCUGGGCCGCUAGUCAAUGGAGUUCCCUUAUGCAAGCAAAUCAGCCCCCUUGGUCUUCACAAGCUGCCACACCGCCAUGUCCGUACCCGUCUACUCCUCGGCCCAACAGUAACUCCGCAGGCAUUCUUGGAGCUGCCCCCGAUCAAGCUUACACAGCUACUCUAUUCCCCACGGACAUUCAACAGGCUCUUUACGCCUUGUCCCUCAACCAACAGGACCCGCAUGGAUUCAUGGACACCGGUGCUUCUGGCCAUAUGAAAAUUCCUCAAGGAUCUCAAGACCAAGGCACACCUCCUACGAUGCAAUAGCUCGGGAGAUCUAUACCCGUUGACAGCACCGCUUCCUUCCAAACCAACCUCUACUGCUUUUGUGGCUACCACUCAAGAACGUUGGCAUCAACGACUUGGGCACCCGAGUUUCUCCAUUUUGCAUUCGUUACCUUUAUCAGUUUCUAGUUCAUCUAAUAAACAUGACAAAACAUUAUGUCAAGCUUGUGUUUUUGGCAAAAGUGUGCGCAUGCCAUUUCUUGAUUCUUGUAAUCGUACUCAUUUACCGUUUGA